AUGGUGGUGCUCAAGGGCGUCCCCACGCUCCUGUCCCCAGAGCUCCUCUUCACCCUGGCGAGAAUGGGGCACAGAGAUGAGAUCGUUCUUGCACACAUGAACUUCCCCAGCAGCUCCAUGUGCAGAGGCGGCCCGGAGGAGAUCCGUGCCGACAGUCUGGGCAUCCCCCAGCUCUCAGAGGCAGUGCUGCAGCUGCUACCCCUGGACACCUACGUGCAGAGCCCGGCUAUGGUCAUGGAGCUGAUGCCCAGCGACCGGAAGAGGGGCCUGCUGACCCCAGUGUGGACGAGCUACCAGUCCAUCCUCUCCAGGGCUGGCUAUGAGGGCUCCCUGGGGAUGGUGGAGAGGUUUGCGUUUUAUGAGCGGGCAAAAAAGGCUUUUGCUGUUGUGGCAACUGGCUCUGAGCAAUCAAGCCUCGAAUGGUUCCCCGCACCCCCACCCCCUCUGCUUCAGGUCAUGAGAACAGCCACAGUUACCCAAAGGGCAGGGGAUGGAAGGUUCUGCGGGAACAACUGCGUUAGACUAGAUCUGGACCCUUUGUCUUGUGGGAAGGGAAGGACCCUCUCUGAGGGGUGCAGCCAAGUUCUCUGUGGGCAGGAUCUGGAGGUAGGGUGGGGUGGGGAGGCACUGCUUUUUUCCUACAAGUUCUCCAACCUCAGGCACAUCCUCAAUAAGAUCAAGGUCCCCAACUGCUUCGUUUCCCUGCUUCCUCCAUUCAAGACUGCCUCGGCCAUGAGGAUGUUUUCCAUCAACCUGUUCACUGAUGGAUUUUGCCACCACUGA